AUGAGGUCGUUUAUCAAGUCCUACAAGAAGGCGAAUUCGCUGGAUGAAAGUCCUUCAAGAAUAGCAGUAUCUCCACCAAAAACAGGACGACGAAGUGAUAAUUCAACAUCACAAAAGAUUCUCGAGGAUUCGCUGGCCUUUGUUCCAUCAACUCCAACACAGAUUUCACAUAAUAGCAAUGGCUCGAAGCAUUCACCCAGUUUUGAAUCCCUUCACAGGUUGGCUAACAAGAAAAUGUUCAGUACAAAGCUAUUCAAAAAGAACUCCUCGUCAACAGCUUUAGCUCAAGUUGCAGCAUCAUCAGGAAGUAACCAUGAUAUACCAAAUAUCACAGAAGCACCAAGCAGGAAUUCGGGUUCCACGCUUGAAGCGACGCAAUUGAACGGAGAUGAAGCGACAAUCCCAUCUAUCAAGGGCACAAUCACACAUAAUUGGGGUGACAACACGGACAAGCAGCAUCCCGUUAUCAUUCUGAACAAUCCUUCAGGCGGAGAUAACGUCUUUUCGCAAGAUUUGGAACCCGCUGUGCGAAUAACCAGCCUGCGAAGAGGUUCUGCUAUCUCAUCUCUCACCACAGCUUCGUAUGAGAAUGCCCUUCCUCGCACAUCGUCGGCUGAUGAGCAAUUGCUGAGGCGCUCCGAGCCGACUAGAGAUAAGCAUGUUUACAACGAGCUUUGGAAGGUCAAAAGCAAGAAUAGGCAGGCAAGAAUCCAUUCGCAUGACGAUAUCAUUACCUUGGAGAAAUCAUCAACGGUAAGUUUGAACUUGUUAGAAUCAACCAUCUCUCCAUUAGCUCCAUUGCAAAACUUGGAACAACCAGAUAAUACAAGUGAUAGACCUGGAAGUUCAUCAGACACACAAAAGCAGCUGGCUUUGAAUGGUAGGGCAACGAAUGAAGCUCAUCCUUCAGAUGCUUCGAAGAAGGACCAUCUGGGCGUUUCUGUCAGUUUCGAAGACGCUACUGAUCUUGAAACAGAGAAGCAUGACGGUUCGGAGACAGAGGAGGAUGAUGGGUCAAUGUUGCGUACGCCAGAGAUUGACGAGGAAGAUGACGACACAUCUAAGUUUUCCUUCGAGAUGAGCGGUUUGAAUGGCAGAACAUCUUCAGUGAAGUAUUAUUCGAAACCAGAACCUAAAGAGGCGGUAUAUAUCGAUGAUGUCUAUGAUGACGAGGAUUUCGAUGAAGAUAUGAACUUUUAUGGAGAUGAUCUUCAAAACAAUGAUUUCCAUCUCACUGAUGAGACUUUCAUCGCAGUUUCCAGUCCUGCAGACGGUCCAGGUGACUCAGAUCCAAAUUCUGCAAAACCGCUCAAGAGAUAUAAUGACCUUUUUGAUUUAUCUGACGAUGCUGAGGACUCUGAAUAUCAACUAAACACGGAGGAUGAAAGCCAAGAAUACGAAGCCGCAACUAGUCCCACAGAACUGCCGGUAUCGAAUCCUGAUGAUCAGGGAAGUUUGAACAAUAAGUAUGGCGGAGGCUGUUCUAAGAUUAAAAAUGCUGCGGACUCCGGAUCGAAGAAAAGACCACCAGAAAAGAAGAUGACGACGAAAGCAAUCAAAAGCUUUUCCGAUAUUUUCGAUCUUGUUGACAGUGAUGAGGACGAUGAAAGCGAAGUGGACAGCGGAUGGAACGGCGAAUUUCGCAACAACGAUGAGCCUGAUAAUACCAUUUACGACAAGGAGCAGUUAGCUCACGCCUUCUCUAUCGAAAAUGAUUCCCAAAGUAAUGGACUUAAAGAUGCCACCAAAGACAUCUCCAACCAUACAGGGAAAGAUAUAAGCUCCGCGCAGAGCUUGCCAGUUCGAUCCGGUACGCCUGUGCACAUAUUCGUAACACCACCAAUGGACCCUUCAAUGGAUUCAGCGGCAAGUGCGGAUUCUCAUCUGAGCCCUGGUUUAAAUAUUACACCAUCACUGCCGCGGCCUGCAAGAUCGCAAACUUUGAAGAUUCACGAUCUGAACAGCAGCCUUGAUUCCGAAGUACCAGGUUUAAUGAGUAAUCUCUACUUUAUUGAUGAGGCUGAGGAAGAUAAGUACAACCAGCGUAACGGAAUCACCGAAGAUGAUUACCUAGAUGAGAUCAAUACGGUGCCCGAAGAUUUCGACUUUUCAGACACAGAGCAGGAUCUCAACUCAAAUAAAUCUCCUCUAAAACUUUCGAAUAGAGGAUCAUUUAGGAGCACGCACAGCUAUUCAGAACAACCAAUUGGUGCUGCUAGAGAGAGUACACCAACUCGAAACAAAUUGGAGAUAAAGAAUAAGACUGUUACAUUUUUUAACUAUUGUGGGGAGCGCUCACCGAUAGAAAGAUCAGCACAAAAAUCACCUCAGGCUGGCCAAGGUUAUCUGACGUCGCCCAACAAUAACAACGAAGAUUACGUUAUUUCGCCCAUCAAAAAGAAUGGGGAGGCUUGCAACCCCGUAACACCUACCAAUUCCUUCAAAAAACCGAAACCAGAGUAUUUGAAUGACUAUUCUUUGAGCCCCAUUCAGGAAAACUCUUCUUCGGUCGACAAUUCCCCAUCGUUACAGCUGCAGUGA